CUGCGACACUUCCGCUUCACAAGAUCGACAUCGUGUGGAGAAGAAGGAGUCGAGUUUGAGAUUUUUUAGAUCAGCUGCAGUUUAGCGACCUGGACGAAAAUGGAUGAGAACCAGCUCGGAAUGACAGAAUGUAACGUGGAUCAUCACGACAAGAGCGAUAAGACGCAGCCGACUUUGACCGAGCAGGACCAGUCCACUAGCGGAGUAAAGGAGCAGCAAGACCCCGACCGCGCUGGUACCACAGAUCAACAGAAACACAGGAGAAGAGUUUCAAGGCUUUAUCUUUGUCACCAAUGUGACCAAGCUUUCACCAGACCAUCAGCACUAAAGAAUCAUCAGAGGAUUCAUUCUGGAGAGAAACCCUACAGCUGUGAGCAGUGUGGCAAAACUCUGACUUCAAGAAGUAACCUAAAAGCGCAUCAGCAAAUUCAUACAGGGGAAAGACCGUGCACCUGUACCAAAUGUGGCGCAGCUUUCCACAGGUCAAAAGAUUUGGAAUUCCACAAUCGUGUUCACACUGGAGAGAAACCUCACUCAUGUAAACUAUGUGGGAAAGCGUUCUCUCUGUCUAGUAGCUUAGUGCAACACCAAAGUAUUCACACUGGGGAGAAACCUCACAGGUGUGAUAAGUGUGGCAAAACAUUUUCUCACCAUAGUACUUUACUAAAACAUCAACGUGUUCACACUGGAGAGAAACCUUACUGGUGUGAACAGUGUGGAAAAACUUUCCCUCAUCUUAAUUGCUUAACUAGUCACCAACGUGCUCACACUGGAGAGAAACCUUACUGGUGUGAACAGUGUGGAAAAACAUUCUCUCAUCACAGUUACUUAACUAUUCACCAACGUGUUCACACUCGAGAGAAACCUUACUGGUGUGAACAGUGUGGAAAAACCUUCACUUCUAAAAAUAGCCUAAAGACCCAUCAGCGAAUUCAUGCAGGAUUAGGACCAUACACCUGCGCUGAAUGUGGAGCAGCUUUCUACGGGUCAAUGGCUUUGGAAAUCCACAGUCGUGUUCACACUGGAGAAAAACCUUACUCGUGUGAACACUGUGGAAAAUUGUUCUCUCAGCUGAGUAAUUUAAAGACACACCAACAUGUUCAUACUCGAAAAAAAACUCACUCAUGUGAUCAGUGCGGUAAAACGUUCCCUUAUCUCAGUAAUUUACAGAGACACCAACGUGUUCACACUGGAGAGAAACCUCACUCAUGUGAACAGUGUGGAAAAGCAUUCUCUCGCCUCUGUAGUUUACAUAUACAUCGACGUCUUCACACUGGAGAGAAACGUUACUCAUGUCAAGAGUGUGGUAAAGCAUUUUCUCAGCUUGGUCAUUUUCAAACACACCAACGUAUUCAUACUGGAGAAAAACCUCACUCAUGUGAACAGUGUGGAAAAGCGUUUUGUGACCGCAGUAACUUACUGACACACCAACAAGUUCACACUAGAGAGAAAUCUCACUGGUGUGAACAGUGUGGCAAAACAUUCUCUCAAUUCAGUAACUUAAUGACACACCAACGUAUUCACACUGGAGAAAAACGUCACUCAUGUGACCAAUGUGGAAAAGAGUUCUUUCAGCUCAGUAACCUACUGAUACACCAACGUAUUCACACUGGAGAGAAACCUCACUCAUGUGCACAGUGUGGAAAAGCGUUCUCCUCUGCUUCCACGCUAAGAAUACACCAACGCAAUCACACUGGAGAAAGACCAUAUUCAUGUCAAAGCUGUGGAAAAACCUUUUCUGAUUUGUCCAACCUAAAAAGGCACCAGAGAGUUCACACUGCAGGUAAACCUUCUGUCAUUCCUUGAGGGUCUAUCAUCACUGGAACAUCAAAAACCUCCAAAACCUGCAGCUGCUUGUCUUCAUGAGAUCAUGGCUGCCUAAGUAUGCAUGACGCCUGACCACAUCAGGAUAAAAGUGGACAGAAAACUAAACAGCAUUCAUCAUUGGUGAUGUAAUAGAGUAGAACUUGCUUAUCUAUAAUGAGUCUCCAGACUUUCUCAGUGAUUAUCUUUGCUUUCAUUCUAUUAAUUGUAACUUUAUAAUUUUAUUUACCACAGGCUUUUAUUCUACAUUUUGUUAGGUCUUUUAUUAGUUUUGCAGUUUUACUUUAAACCUCAUCCAAUUAUGAAACUUUUUCAAUACCAUAAUGUAUAUGCAGCAUUUAGAAAACAAUUGUGCAAGAAGUGACAACACAUCCGUGUGUUGGUAAUUGUUGGUAUUUAGCUUGGAAAAUGUUAUAGACACAAUUGUUGGUACUAUUCUUCACUGUAAAAAAAAUGAGUUCAAUAAACAUAAGACAUUACUUUUGACUUGUGGUUCUACAGAAGUGCAGUGAUAUGUUGCUAUAUAAUGUAUUGCUCUCUCACUACAACAGAUGUUUGUAUAGAACAUAUGUAUGCUUCUAUUGUACACAUUUUCUAUAUAUUGUGGAAUAAUGUGUUUCAGCAGUUACUAUGGACUAGAAAAUACACUGUUCAUCCAGCUCAUUACCAGCUGCACUCAAAAAGGAUUCCUAAAAAUUUUGUAAUGUAACAUAUUUUUCAUAUUUGGCUUAUACUGUGGCACCGCUUGGCUUGGAAAACUAAACUGAAAUUUAAUGUAACGUGUCCUCACCGCUGCCGCUCAUCCGCACUGGUUGCUCUUAGUUAUUACAGCUGUUUUUUUUUGCCAUCUGUAUCUAAACAGUCUUUACAGUUUUACAAGGUUUAAAGGUCGGAUUUUAUCUACGGAAGUAGCUAAAAUAGAAUAUGGAUUGAAUAGGUCUGCUGUUAAUUGCUACGAUAUCUGUCAAUAAAAUAUAAAAUGUUAAACCUCUGCGUCCUGUCUUUUGAGUUUUGUUUGGGUUUAAACCCAACUGUUGAAUGUUGUGAAAUUAGCAAAAUAUUACAAAAUAUUAACGGGAUUUAAUCCCACUGUCACUGCAGCAAAAUAACAUUACACUCACAGCCUUAACUAUCAAACCACUGAGAGCUCAAUCUCCACUGUGAUUUGAUGUUAAGUAACGUCCCCCGUGCAGUGUUUUUUUUUUGUGAAAAACGGGUUUAAAUGGCUCUUUGGGUGUUUUGGGUUGAAAUAAUUCCUAGUUGACCUGAUGAAAUUCUUUCAGAAGCAUCAGACUUCAGCAUUUGCAUUUGUUUCAACAAGUCUACAAAGUGUCUCCUGAGAGUCCAAAAUAAGGAUUUAACAGUCCUGCUUCUGGCACCAGGUGUGUCCUUUGAUCAAUACACUCCUUUGUUUCUGGUUUUGGACUCUGCUUAGUUUUGCUAAACCUUGUCUGGAGAUUGACUGCCUGUACUACUGCACCUGCCAAACCAUAGUCAUUGUCUGGGCUAAAAAAGGCAGCUGAAGCCUCAUGAAGCUUCCACAGGGUUCAUCUGUGACAUCAGUGACACCUGGUGGUGCACUGCAAAGAUAUCAUCUGCUUUAACCAGCCUGUACAUAAUAAAAAGUGUAAAAACAAUAUGUGAUCAUUUUGUGAUAGAGUAAGAAGUGCUUGUGUUACAUUGUGAAUAAUAAGUAUAAAGUGAGAGGGGGUGCGCUUGUGAAACGGGCAAACUAAAAUCACAUGGGAUGUAUUUCACAGAUUUUUAUUUAAAAACAGGAUUUUAUCAACAGUGCUGGGCUUCAGCCUGUUUCAUCUUUGGCUGAUGACUUUGCCAGCCUUGGAGAAAAUCCUAUCACAGGGCACAGAGGAAGCUUGUGUGCACAAAAAGUUUAUUAUCAUCCCAUAAAGGUGCGGGCAUAAAAUCUUGUGAGUGACCCAGUACUUCAGUGGGUGCUCUGUUCGUGGAAUGUGGGGUUGCUUUAAGUACCUAGAAAGUAAUAAUUAGGCCAUUGUCAUUCAGCAGCAGAGCAUGAGCAUCUAUGGUGAUGGAGAUCAUAAUCUUUACCUCUGAACCUUCACUGUAGCACUGGCAGUUGUGCUGGUCGCCUGCUGCUGAGCACCCACAUCCCUGUCCAGCAGGGCCCACGGACCGCCAUCCUCCAGUUGUUCAGAGGGGCCUGCUCUAGGUUGUGACUGUGGAUGUGCCUGUGCUGGUUCCAACUGUAUUGUUGCAGCACACUCCUUGGUCAGCCUACUAUGGCAGUUUGGGCAGAGCUUUGGCUGCAGAACCCAAGUUUUUUAAAUCUAGCAUCCGGUAGGGUUGCCAUGGAAAGGGCAGUGACCUUCUCCAGCAUUGCAAAUUUGUCACACGGCCACAUCUGCCCGAGAUAUAAUGUUUUAGCAUUUUCACAAGUGGAAUGACCUAGGAGGCUGUAAUGGGAAAAAUUGUGCCUUUGUGCUUUUUCUUAUCCAACACAGUUGUUGUGUGCUGGUUAGGUGCAACACUGAACAUUCUUACACAAACAACUAAUCUCUUGUGCCCUGUUGUACAUCAAGUUUAAAACACCUGAUGUUCCAUUUGACUGACUAAUAGUUUAUAUGUGUCUGUCUUUUACACCUUGGUCUUUGGCUCCAUCCUUUCUGAAUCCUCCCCAGACCCAAGUCCGUAAAACCGAAUGGAACACGAUGAUGCAGAAGCGAGAGGGAAAACAUUCUUACUCACAGUGAGAUAAGGUGGCACAAACAAUUCCAUUGCUACAGAGAGACAUUCCACCGGAACCAGGGAAAGGGGUUAAAAGGCAGAGACAACGUGAGGAUGGCGGGCUCUUUGCAUCACACCUUCGUGGUGUGUGCACUGAUCUCCCCAGCUGGUUUUUGGUUUGUUGAUGUGCACGAUCAACAUCCAUGUUAUUGAUUUGCUUUCCCCAUUAUUCUUAUUUUAUAAUAAAUCACACAAAAACAACUCUCUUCUGCCUUUUCAAAUUUCAAAUGGUCUCUUCUAUUCGAUUGAAACACUUAAAUUUGAUUAGGAAAACUGGUUAGAUCAAAAAUAAUAAUAAUCCCAAUAAUACAUGUUCUUAAUUAGGUCAAAGUCUACUCUGGGUGGUGAGAUGAUGGUUGCUAAAGGUUGGCUCGUGGAACCGAGCUUUCGUCUGUACUGAGGAUACACACAAGUGUACAGAUCUGAGCGCAGUCUACACCGAGAGCGGGGGACAAGAAAAGAAAGAUGACUUCUGAAAGACGGAGCGCGUUCACAGAGGGACGUUUUCUCCAGAUAUGAGGGAUCCAGGUCUUGGAGGGGCCUGACAGUGACGGAUUACUUCUACAAAAACUCUGUCGCUAGAUCUGAGCCCUUCCCUUUUUACGAAGACAUCCGAUAAAAAGCAAUUUUGGGAAGGUUCAGGCCGGAACACACAAAAAAUCUAAGGCAGGUAAACCGCCGGAAAGAUGGGUUCGGGGCAAUCUGAGUCUUCACCACCAGACUGCAGCAUUACAAAAUUAAAAGUUAAAAGUAAAUAUUGUUAUUAGUGCAUUUCAUGUUUCAUGAGUGGGAAACCGAUUAUGGGUUCAAAAGGAGAAUCGAAAUACGAAUUGCAAUACAAAAGAACAAGAUUUUGAAUUGAAAAAAGCAAAACUAUCAAAACUAAACCCUAAAAUAAACAAAAGAGAGAUGGGAGUAAUGAAAAAAAAGGAAGAAACUCUAAGAAACAAUUGGUUGCACUCUGUCACACACACACACACACACACACACACACACACACACACACACACCACACACAUAUCAUGUCAAGAGCAAAUGCUCCCAUUAUUCCUGCUCUCUAUCCUAAUGCAGAACUGAGCACAAUGAGGGUAAAUCCGGAUCUGGACUCCUUUCCCACCGUCAGAGGAAGAACCGAAGGAGAAGAAGUGCCUGUCCAACAAACAGAAGCCGGGGUGAAAGCUCUGAUACCACAGCAGCUGGAGGACACAGACCACAGCAGGGACGCCUCACAGACUCCCACAACGUCUGCAGCCAUCACGUUCUGGGCUCAUCAGAUGAACCAGCUACUACAAGCCCUACACCAGCAUGAAAGGACUGUCUCUGAAGCUUCAGAGGCCGUGAAACUGUCAUACAUGACAUAGACACCUGCUUAUGACAAUCAGCAAAGGAAAACAAAAGAAACAGCAGAGUGAGCUCCAUCUGAGAAGACGUGCUCUGACACAGACACUGGUUGAAACAACAGGAGAGGCUUCAGAUGUGAUUGGCCCAAUAGAGCUGCAUCCGAGGAUCCAGGAAAGGUCUGUCAUCGAGGAACAACUGUCCCAUCUAUGUCAGGCUCCACCCACUGGCGCUCACAUCAGACUGAUGGUUGGGGAAGGAGGACUGAGAAAGUUCCUUUUCAUGUGACGCAAAAGACGGUACAGCAAACACACGCACGCACGCACGCACGCACGCACGCGCACACGCGAAGAGGAAAGAAGAAACACACUUACAGCUGAUACACGCUCAAGUAAUUUGAAUUCAUGCUUAUCUGCUUGCAAUGAAGAUUUUAAAAUGAUGACAAACAGCUAAAUGACAACUGCUGCAUGACUUUGCAGUCUGAUGGGUUUAAACAAUUUCAACUGCAAGAUAUUCAGUAAUAAAAUCCUCCAUGUUCCUAAAAAGAUUUGUGCGCAAUACAGGUUUGUCUGGCCAGACUAUAGGAAAACAAAACCAGAAUAUAAAAGAAAAGAAUAAACCAGACUAUAGGAAGACCGAAACCGACUGAAACAGACUAUUAAUGACUAUUAAAGGGAAGACGACUAUUAGAGAAAAGCAAUAAUAAUUACUGUACGUACCAGACUGUUAAAGAAGAACUUAGUCUUUUACUGUCUCAUGCAACAUCUGACAGCAAGACACCUUAACAUUCAUUUUUGCUUUCAAACUUAUGUCCAGUUAAAUUUUUAGGAAGAGAUCUCAUGUGUAGUUUGGGUAUUUGAUUGAUUUCCGCUCCUGACGGGGUGCAGGUUACAUCUACAGACAUUCUAAAUAAUCCCUCUUUUGUUGGUGUUAACUUCAUCUCAGCUGUACUCUUAUCAUUGGCUGCUGAGGGGAAGCUUGUAACUGAGGCAGUUGUAGCUGUAACUUUUCAUGCUUUUUGAAAACUUUUUAAAUCUGCCCGUCAUGCGCAACAGUGAACUUGGUACCUUCGUAUUCUAAUGACACACAUUACAUGUUUUUUGUUUUUUUCAGAGGACACUCUGACCCAACACUCAGCCUCACAGGAAGCCCUGAUUCCCUGUGGCUCACACACAGAUAUGAUGUAGGUUUGAUCAGAGGAUGUGAACCAGUGGUCAUCACACCUAAAUCUGACCACAGACAAUUUAAACAAAAACACCCUCUGAAAGGAAGCCAUAAAUGGCGUUACUGCAGACACCACUAAGCUGACAGGCUCUGGUGUGUGCGUGUGUGAGAGAGGGUGUGUUACCUAAUAUUCUGAGCAAUAAGAAAAAUGCAAUUUUUUAUUAAGUGUGCAAAAAUGAUGGGCUAAAAGACGGCUCAAUGUUGUAAAAAUCAGUCUAAUCAGAUCACUAUAAUUAAGUCUCUUUCAGAAGUGUCCCAGAUGGAUGCAGAAGGAACAAAAAAGGACAAAGAAGCCAAUUCACCCAGUAGCUGACCUACAGUAGAAGGGACAGACCGGGCAGUAUAAAGUGAUGAGUUGUUAGAACUGCCCAACGUUAUUUUAAAACAGAGAAAAUCUCAAUCGUAAAUUCCUGCAGAGACAGUGAUCUGCAUGACAUAGUAGUUAGAUCACUGUGGGCUGGGUCAGAUGAGGAAUUAGUGUGUGUGGGUGACGGACGGGUAAAUGAGGUUUCUGAUGGACUUCCUCUGCUGGUCAAAGGGACAAAAUGAGCUGAAUUACACUGUGGCAAAUAACUGACCAUGUGAUUCGUGCUGUUGAGCUCCGUCAGGAACAGACAAAGGAGGCAGUGAAAGAAGCAACACGCCAACAGCGGCGAAAAGGGGGGGGGGGGGGAGACGAGGAUGGUGCCUGCUCAACCAGCCAGCGUGCCUCAGACCCCACCUACACCACCAGGCAUGGCCACACCUCAGGUGAUGUACAUUUUACCAGGAGGGUGGACAAGACGACCUCCGAUGAGGAGAGGAGGGACUCCUCCAAGCUGAGGAGCAAGACGAGACUGCUGUGAGAAAACUGUGAACUGCUUCCAGUGUGGGAGGUAUGGACAUGUACAAAGCCAGUGAUGGAACAAGAGUCCACCUGGACAGCCAAGGAAGGCUGAGGCUGAAGCAGGGCCACUGAGACAGUUCAGACUGCCAGACAUGAACUGUGUCGAUGGACGUUAUAAAAAGCCAGAGGCCUCUGAAUCUGUGACCUCACCUUGCUGCACACCUUAGUACUUUGAAACUUAGACAAAUAUCUAAAAUUCGAAAAACAACAACAAAACAUCGAGUUGGUGAAAAUAACUCAGUCCUUGAAGCUGCCAAAAGCCUAAAAAUAAAAAAAUAUGCCAAUUUUACCAAGAAAGGGGAAGGUAUAGAGAAUAUUUCAAGAUAAAGUUCCCAACUCACUCACUCUGCUGACAAAUGCUUCUCCUGAUGCUCAGUGGUUGACUGUGUUUUAUCCUCCAAGAGGUUUGGCUGUAUGUGGGUUUAUAUAGAAAGUGGCUUUCUUUAAUAAGUUAGAAAAUUUUUGGUUGUCAUCCACAGUUGUUAUGUUGUCAUUAGAGGCUCAGAUAGUCACGGGGGAAAAUUACAAUUAGAAGGUGUGUUUGAAGGUGUGUUAAAGGAGUUGGUGUUUGAGUAGGUUCAAAUGUUGACUUGGAGUGUAAAUAGAUGAUGCUAGAAAAGAAGAGGAUGAUCUCAGCAGGACUCUUAGAGGAGUGAGAGAAAAAGAGAUGGUAGCAUGGUACAGUAUGUGAGGGAGGAAAGGAGUUAAUGAAAAUCAAGGAAUUAAGGAAAGGGAAAGUGUGAAUGUUGACAAUAGAGAGAUGAAAAAGUGCUGUGAACCUUGCAUUUCAGUGUGUAGCUUGUAAAAAUAUGCAGAAAACAUAAAACUAACAU